GCGUCCUUUCUGUCAAACAAAUUCAUACAGCUUGGUCUCGGAUGAACCCAUCUGAGGUCUCUCGACUAUCCGGCGUUCAUAACCCAAGGCGUCAACCUUUUGGAGUUUAGCGGGAUGCUGUCUGAGCCCCCGGGAAUUUCGGAACGUUACCCUUGUGGCGUUCUUCGCGGAGGUUGGCCCUCAGCUCAGGAGUUUGUCAUUAUACAAAUCAUGUUUCCAAGAAUACAGCCGCUGCAUAGGGUUGGCCGGGGUUGUUCCCGUCAGCCAGGGCCAUCAGGCAUUCGACUUGUCAUCUUGAUGCAACGUAUUCUGUGAAUGACAUGAUAUCGCAGAUACAACGCUUUUUCCUCAGAUGAUCAACACGAACCGCAACUUGUGAUGCCGCCAACGAAGCUGUGAGCGUGGGGGAGAUCGUCAGCUCCCUUUCCGACUAUCACCACCACCGUCGACCUGGAGUCGCUAGCUGUCGCCGCUGGAAGAGACAGACGUUGGAGCCACGGGUACACGCAGCCGCAAGGACGAUGCUAGACUCGGUAUUGCUCAUUUCAGUUUUAUUGCGGUGCGCAAGGCGCCCUGCCCUUCUUCCCUUCUUCACAUAUUCCCCUUCACCAUACCACAUUUUCUGUUUCUUUUCCUCUUUUAUCUUACGCAGGAUGAACUAUCUGUUCUCUAAUGUCGGCGUUGCUUGUUCUUUCUUCCUCCUCUUCUGCACUCUCGCCACUCCCGUGCAUGCCGCCCAACAGCCCAAGACAAUGGUGUUCCAGUGGAAGUUUGCCGAAGACCCUAGCACCGAGCUCCCAACAUGUCGUGACUUGGGAAUCAUCGUAAAACCAUUCAACGCCGCCUCUGGGAACGCCACGGGCGUUCCCCCGUACUACAUGUUAGGAUACGCGACAAAUGGUAUAACAAGAUCAACGCUGGUGGGAAACAGUUUGGACAACCUGAAGUGGACGGUAGAUUAUCCUGUUGGUACCGAAUUAGCUCUUAGUCUCGUCGAUUCCGAAGGUACUUCAGGAGGAAUUCCGCCCAAGACGUACACUGUCUCCCUCGGUCAGACGACUAACUGUGUCGUGGAUGACCCCAAAAAGGAUUUCACUGUCAAAGCGAAUCGUACCACGACUAUCAAUACGUGUGAACCCUGGCGCCUCACCAUCACCGGCGGCACUAAGCCGUAUAAUGUCACUUUCCUCCAACUCAACUCUCCCAACGUCACAAAUGUUACGAUGGGCGCCAGUGACGACGCGUACGUCUAUAUAAACAGGGGUAUCCCAAACCAGCGUAUGAUUGCCGCGGUGAAUGACUUCACAGGUCGUUUUGCUUUCGGUGCACCGUCCGUUAUGCCUCAAGGCUCAUCAAACCCCGACUGCAUCGGCUUAAACAGCGAGUCGGGGAGCGCGGCAGAAUUCGAUAAAGAAGAGGCGGAAGAGGCGGAUGCGCGAGCAGCGGCACGACGUAAACGCACUGCGAUCAUCGCAGGUACUGUCGUUCCUAUCUCCCUAGUAAUCAUUGCAGGGAUCGCUAUGUGGUACUUCCUCUGGUACAAACCCAGGAGCAAGAGGCCGAGGGAAAUCGAUCUCCUCGACUCGAAUGUAAAACCCUACACGGAAACAGGUUCCGGACAAGUUCUGUCGAUCAACGCCUUCCUCAAUGACGCUGCGUCCUCUCCGGGAAGUUCGCCCAAACAUCCACCGGGACUCGGCCACCCUACUAUGGAGUCCAUCGUUUGUCACUCCGCCUAUGGUGAACUCGAACACCCAUUCGACCCCUACAGUCAGUCCGAUAACACUAGCUCCACAAGCCAACGCGCGACUUCUGGUGCAUCUCGACACUCUGAAGGUCGACCAGGAUUUGCCAAUUUCCCUGUUCGUCGUCCUACCGUCAAAGCCGCGGAAGCCGGAAUAGACGCACAUCCGCCAGACAUAGCCGUGACUGAAACGGCCAGCGGGAGCCACCCCACACGGGUUCCUGGUCCUUCCGUCACUCGUACAACUUCUGUUGGGCAAACAAAUGCUGGAGAACCUGAACUCAUCAUUCAACACCGGGACGGUGGUCCUGGUCGUGUAAGGGAGUUACCACCCCCUUACGCAGAUCGAGGCACAGCAGAGCCAUAAUCGUAUAUUUAUUUGAGAUAUGCUUUUCCUACCCUUCCUUGCUCUCUGUUACAGAUUCAGUUUGAUUUUUUUCGUCCACCGUUGUAUUGCUACUUCUGCUUUCACCUACACUGGUUUUUCCCCCUUUCACCUUUCCAUCUCUUUCGUUCCUCCCUUAUCUGUUGGCCAACACGAGGGCGUGUGGGAGCCGUCAAAGAUUGUUCUGAAAGAUCAUCCAUGAACCGUCUUACCAUUAACAAGGGACUUUGAAGAGAAUACGAUGUACAGUGCUCACACAUGUACUGCUUCAUCGCUGUUGUACAUAUUCAAUUGUCAAUUCGAAAUCAUCUCACCGGAUAA